UUUGAGGGGCAAGAUGGCUAACCGGGGACCAGCCUAUGGCAUGUCAAGAGAAAUUCAAGAUAAAAUAGAGAAACAGUACGACGUGGAGCUAGAGUCACAGUGCCGGCACUGGAUAGCCGCUGUAGUUGGGGAGCCCUUCCCGGAGGGGAGCUUCCACGAGGCUCUUAAAGACGGUCUUCUUCUUUGCAGGUUGAUGAACAUCCUGAGCCCGGAAAGUAUCCCGAAAGUGCACACCUCAAAGUUUGCUUUUAAAAUUAUGGAGAACAUCAACUUCUUCCUGAUGGCCGCAACAGAGAAACUGGAUGUACCUGUGGUAGAACUGUUCCAGACUGUAGACCUGUUCGAGGCAGCCAACAUGACCCAAGUGCUCUGGGGCAUCACUGCUGUCGCUAGAUACGCAAGACGAGCUAACAAGGAAUUACCAGCUCUAGGACCGGACCUCUCGGUGAAGUAUGAACGAAACUUCGACCAAGAAACCAUGAACAAGGGAGCCUCAAUAGUAGGGAUGCAGGCGGGGGGCUUCAAGGGGGCUAACCAAGAGGGCAUGACCUUUGGCAGACCUAGAGCUUUGUGAGCUGAUUCCGGUUAUCUUAACUGAAGUUAUUGAGUUUACCGAUAUGAUAUAUGCGAUUAGACUAAUGUCAGGGACAACGGGUGGGGUUUACUGGAGGAGGUAGUGUACAUAUUUUUAUUCAGCUGUUUUAUAGAAGUUUAGAUGGUUGACGUGAAGAUAUUACAGAGUAUAACUAUAAGAACAUUCUCAGUGAACAUAUGCUACAAUUGGGGGUUCAGAUAUCAGUCCCACUAAAAUCAGAUCUGGUGAAGAUACUCGAUACCGUUAUGUUUUAUUUGAUCCCACUAUUGUUUCUCACAUCUAAUUACUUAAUUAUAUAAUUUUUAACUGUUUAAUGCCUCGAAAAGAAUGUACUGUAUGCCAUAUGUCAAGGAUUUAUGAUGGUAAUAUUUUUUUCUUUCAUGUGAUAUUUAUGAGGCAACUUUAUCUUAAUUUGGAGUUUAUAUUGAAGAUCCGAAUUAAACAUCGUUUUAAACCAAAUACAUAAUAUCAUAAUAAUUGGUAUCAAAA